AUGGCCUCCUCCGACCUCCCCGCGCCCGUCGACCUCUCGCACUAUCUGUCGCGCAGCACAAAGGCCCGCGAGGCCUCCAAGGUCAAGCGCUUCUACCAGUACUUCGCCAUCCCGGGCAUCGGCCAGCUGGCCGGCGGGCUCCCCAACGACAAGUACUUCCCCUACGACACCCUCGAGGCCCGCGUCGCCCACCCCAACCGAUGGACACCGACCCCCAACGCCCCCGUCGACCCGCCUGCCGACGACCCGCCCACCGCGCCCCUUGCCCGCCUGCGCCUGUCGAGCCCGCCGUCCGCGGCGCGCGCCCACGAUGAGCCGCCCGCCGCGCGCCUGCUCGUGCCGCACGACGCGCACACGCCCGACCCGAUGCACAAGAUCGACCUGAUGUCGGCGCUGCAGUACGGCCAGGCCCAGGGCUACCCGCCGCUGUACUCGUUCAUCCGCCAGUUCACCCGCGAGAACCUGCACCCCACAGUGCCGUACCGCGACGGGCCCGAGGUCAUCCUCACCUGCGGCUCGACCGACGGCUUCUCCAAGACGCUGCAGGCCCUCAGCAACGAGUGGGCCGCCGACCACGACCCCGUCGACGAGCGGCCCGGCCUGCUGUGCGAGGAGUACGCCUACAUGGGCGCCAUCCAGACCGCCCGCCCGCGCGGCCUUAACAUCGUGCCCGUCAAGAUCGACGACGAGGGCAUGCUGGCCAGCGGCCCCGGCGGCCUCGAGGACGUGCUGGAGAACUGGGACUUUGCCCGCGGCCGCCGGCCCCACCUGCUGUACACCGUCACCAUCGGCCAGAACCCCACCUCGGGCACCCUGUCUGUCGCCCGCCGCAUCGAGCUGUACGCCGUCUGCGUCAAGUACGACAUCGUCAUCAUCGAAGACGACCCGUACUGGUACCUGCAGUUCCCCUCGUCCUCGCCCGGCCUCGCCGCCGCCCCCGCCCCCAAGAAGUCGUCCGGCUUCGACUUCCUCGACAGCCUGAUCCCGUCGUAUCUGAGCGUCGACUACCAGGGCCGCGUCGUGCGCCUCGACACCUUCUCCAAGACCGUUGCCCCCGGCUGCCGGCUCGGAUGGAUCACCACCCAGCCCGCCCUCGCCGAGCGCAUUCUCCGCAUCACCGAGACCUCGACGCAGCAGCCCUCGGGCUUCGUGCAGUCCAUGAUCGCCGAGCUGCUCAUGGGCCCCAACAACUCAAAGGACCCGGGCCGCGGCGGCGCCGCCGACGGCAGCGGCUGGAAGGUCGACGGCUGGGUGCGCUGGCUGGAGGGCCUGCGCGGCAACUACGAGCGCCGCAUGCAGGACAUGUGCAACGCGCUGGACCGCGGCCGCUCGAUCGUCAAGACGGGCCGCCGCCGCUCGCUCAGCUUCGUCGCCGACUCGGACGACGAGUGGGCCGUCGUCGAGAAGACGCACAUCUACUCGUUUGUGCGCCCGCUCGGCGGCAUGUUCGUCUGGGUGCGCUUCGACUUUAACACGCACCCGCUGGCCGACGACGUGCCGCACGCCCGCCUCAGCCAGGCGCUGUGGGUGCUCUGGACACAGAAGCCGUAUCUGUGCCUCGUGGCCCCGGGGUCCAUGUUCGCCCCCUCGGAGGAGAUUAGGGACAAGGAUGCCUACAACUGCGUGAGGCUGUGCUUUGCAGCCUGUCCGGCUGAAGACGUCAAGCCCAUUAGCAAGCGCUUUGCCGAUGGCGCACAGGCCUUCUGGCGCAUUAGGAGCAAGAGUGCCAUCGACAAGCUGCUAGAAGACGAAGAUGCUGCGGGCGUUGACCAUGUUGCUGGCAUGGCUAUGCUGUCUGGUACGUGUUAG